AUGGACCUCAAUUCGUUGAAGGACCAGGUUAGCAACCUGAGUCUGUAUGACAUCAAGGCGAGCGUCCGCAAGGUGCAAAAUGCUAUGAUGAACUACACCGAGAUGGAAGCAAAGGUUGGUACCCCUCAUCCGCAGUUUAUUGUCGGAACUUAUGUCCGAGAAGCUACAAACAAUGAACCGUGGGGAGCAUCUUCAACUCUCAUGCAGGAGAUUGCAAAUGGGACACACAGCUACCAGCUGCUCAACGAGAUAAUGCCAAUGAUCUAUAAACGCUUUACGGAGAAGACUGCGGAAGAGUGGCGGCAGAUAUAUAAGGCUUUGCAACUGCUUGAAUUCCUAAUUAAAAACGGCUCAGAACGAGUUGUUGAUGACGCACGAUCUCACAUAUCCCUUUUGCGCAUGCUUCGCCAAUUCCAUUACAUCGACCCUAACGGCAAGGAUCAAGGAAUAAACAUUCGCAACCGCUCUCAAGAACUUGCUAAAUUGCUGGGUGAUGUUGAGAUGAUUCGUUCUGAAAGAAAGAAAGCGAAGGCGAAUAGGAAUAAAUUUGGUGGAUUCGAAGGAGGAAUAGGCGUAGGAGGGAUGUCGUCUGGUGGAUUCUCCGGCGGAGCGGCUGGUAGCUCUCGCUAUGGCGGAUUUGGCAGCGAAGACACACACUACGGAGGUUUCAGCGGAGGAGUGUACGGCGAUGGAGGCGGGUUCAAUGGAAAUACUAGCGAAUUCCAGGAAGCUGGUAGGAGAUCCAACCGAUUUGAGGAGUAUGAUGAGGGUGAAAGCAGUGGAUAUUCGGUACCCUCCCGCCGACCUGAACCAUCGUCAUCCCGAGCAGAAUCGAAAAAAGCGGCUCCUCCAAAGGCCCCAACCCCAGACUUGGUCUCCUUUGGUGAUGAUGACGAACCAGCACCGGCGCCUCCAGCUGCAGCUCCUCCAGCAAAAGCACCAUCCUCUAUAACCAAACCUGCCGGUACAAGUGCCUUGACGGAGCUUACACCCCAAAGCAUGGAUGAUGAUGACUUUGACGACUUCCAAUCGGCUAGCCCUGCCACGCCUGCUACUAGCACGACUAUACAAUCCAAAUUUGGCUCAAUUGUUCCCCCUGGCGCACCAGGUCAAACCCAAUUCGCUGCUCCAAAGCCCAUUUCAGCCGCCCAAGGUGCAAGUCUUAACGGACUGGCUGGCUUCAGAUCUACCCCUCAGACACCAUCUGUUGCAAGUACUAUAUCUCAGGGCUCAAACAUGGGACCACUUUCACCAUCUACCCAGUCCCAGCCGCCUAAGCCAACUAGCUACCAAGCCUCACAGCCAAACUAUUUCACAUCCGUCCCCAUCCCUCAAUCAAAGCCUUCGGAACCUUCGACGAAAUCCACCAUCAAAUCCCCAACUGCAAGCUCCUCGAAAUCGGGUGGCGAUGCUUUCGGGAGCCUAUGGUCCUCCGCUAGUGCCAGUGCUGGUAUCAAGUCAACAACUCAAACUCAGAGUAAGGGGCCAAACCUCGCCAGCAUGGCUAAGGAGAAGGCCAGCGCUGGCAUAUGGGGGGCACCCAGCUCCAAUGGGUCCCCUCAAAGCUUUGGUGGAAGUCCCAGCUCCCAGCAGCAGAAUAAGCCUAGCGGGGGGAGUGCACUAGAUGAUCUCCUGGGUUAA